AUGGUGACAAGAAAAUUCAUAAUAGUGCUAGUGAUUUUGCAUUGUGGGAUAGUGAGUAGUGGAGCAAUAAAAGGAUUUGGUUACAAGAAACAUAGAUUGGGCUACUACAAAUACGGUCCUGGUGUUCAUAAUUUGUUCACAUAUAUUCCUAAACCUGGAGGCCCUACGACACCGAGAACAACACAAACUACUACAACAAGAGGUACAACAUCGACAACCGGGACAACAACAACGACGAUCAGAACCCCAACCCCAACUCCUAGAAUAUCAACCACACAAGCUGGAUCAACUUCUACAACUAGAGCAACAACUACGACAAUCGCCACCACAUCCACAACCGGAGCAACAACGACGACGCCCGGCAUUUCAUCCACAAUAGAAGCUGCGACGACUUCAACCACAGAAGGAAUAACGACAUCGACAACGGAAAGUGGGACGACUUCGACUACUGACAGUGGAACAACUUCGACUACAGAAAGUGGAACGACAUCGACAACAGGAAGUGGAACGACUCCAACCACAGAAGGAAUAACGACAUCGACAACGGAAAGUGGGACGAUAUCGACUACUGACAGUGGUACAACUUCGACUACAGAAAGUGGAACGACAUCGACAACAGGAAGUGGUACGAUUUCAACCACAGAAGGAAUAACGACAUCGACAACGGAAAGUGGGACGACUUCAACCACAGAAGGAAUAACGACAUCGACAACGGAAAGUGGGACGACUUCGACUACUGACAGUGGAACAACUUCGACUACGGAAAGUGGAACGACAUCGACAACAGGAAGUGGAACGACUUCAACCACAGAAGGAAUAACGACAUCGACAACGGAAAGUGGGACGACUUCGACUACUGACAGUGGAACAACUUCGACUACAGAAAGUGGAACGACAUCGACAACAGGAAGUGGAACGACUCCAACCACAGAAGGAAUAACGACAUCGACAACGGAAAGUGGGACGAUAUCGACUACUGACAGUGGUACAACUUCGACUACAGAAAGUGGAACGACAUCGACAACAGGAAGUGGUACGAUUUCAACAGAAGGAAUAACGACAUCGACAACGGAAAGUGGGACGACUUCAACCACAGAAGGAAUAACGACAUCGACAACGGAAAGUGGGACGACUUCGACUACUGACAGUGGAACAACUUCGACUACGGAAAGUGGAACGACAUCGACAACAGGAAGUGGAACGACUUCAACCACAGAAGGAAUAACGACAUCGACAACGGAAAGUGGGACGACUUCGACUACUGACAGUGGAACAACUUCGACUACAGAAAGUGGAACGACAUCGACAACAGGAAGUGGUACGACUUCAACCCCAGAAGGAAUAACGACAUCGACAACGGAAAGUGGGACGACUUCAACCACAGAAGGAAUAACGACAUCGACAACGGAAAGUGGGACGACUUCGACUACUGACAGUGGAACAACUUCGACUACAGAAAGUGGAACGACAUCGACAACAGGAAGUGGAACGACUUCAACCACAGAAGGAAUAACGACAUCGACAACGGAAAGUGGGACGACUUCGACUACUGACAGUGGAACAACUUCGACUACGGAAAGUGGAACGACAUCGACAACAGGAAGUGGAACGACUUCAACCACAGAAGGAAUAACGACAUCGACAACGGAAAGUGGGACGACUUCGACUACUGACAGUGGAACAACUUCGACUACAGAAAGUGGAACGACAUCGACAACAGGAAGUGGUACGACUUCAACCCCAGAAGGAAUAACGACAUCGACAACGGAAAGUGGGACGACUUCAACCACAGAAGGAAUAACGACAUCGACAACGGAAAGUGGGACGACUUCGACUACUGACAGUGGAACAACUUCGACUACGGAAAGUGGAACGACAUCGACAACAGGAAGUGGAACGACUUCAACCACAGAAGGAAUAACGACAUCGACAACGGAAAGUGGGACGACUUCGACUACUGACAGUGGUACAACUUCGACUACAGAAAGUGGAACGACAUCGACAACAGGAAGUGGUACGACUUCAACCCCAGAAGGAAUAACGACAUCGACAACAGGAAGUGGAACGACUUCAACCACAGAAGAAAUAACGACAUCGACAACGGAAAGUGGGACGACUUCGACUACUGACAGUGGAACAACUUUGACUACAGAAAGUGGAACGACAUCGACAACAGGAAGUGGAACGACUCCAACCACAGAAGGAAUAACGACAUCGACAACGGAAAGUGGGACGACUUCGACUACUGACAGUGGUACAACUUCGACUACAGAAAGUGGAACGACAUCGACAACAGGAAGUGGUACGAUUUCAACCACAGAAGGAAUAACGACAUCGACAACGGAAAGUGGGACGACUUCAACCACAGAAGGAAUAACGACAUCGACAACGGAAAGUGGGACGACUUCGACUACUGACAGUGGAACAACUUCGACUACAGAAAGUGGAACGACAUCGACAACAGGAAGUGGAACGACUUCAACCACAGAAGGAAUAACGACAUCGACAACGGAAAGUGGGACAACUUCGACUACUGACAGUGGAACAACUUCGACUACAGAAAGUGGAACGACAUCGACAACAGGAAGUGGUACGACUUCAACCCCAGAAGGAAUAACGACAUCGACAACGGAAAGUGGGACGACUUCGACUACUGACAGUGGAACAACUUCGACUACGGAAAGUGGAACGACAUCGACAACAGGAAGUGGAACGACUUUAACCACAGAAGGAAUAACGACAUCGACAACGGAAAGUGGGACGACUUCGACUACUGACAGUGGUACAACUUCGACUACAGAAAGUGGAACGACAUCGACAACAGGAAGUGGAACGACUUCAACCACAGAAGGAAUAACGACAUCGACAACGGAAAGUGGGACGACUUCGACUACUGACAGUGGUACAACUUCGACUACAGAAAGUGGAACGACAUCGACAACAGGAAGUGGUACGACUUCAACCACAGAAGGAAUAACGACAUCGACAACGGAAAGUGGGACGACUUCGACUACUGACAGUGGUACAACUUCGACUACAGAAAGUGGAACGACAUCGACAACAGGAAGUGGUACGAUUUCAACCACAGAAGGAAUAACGACAUCGACAACGGAAAGUGGGACGACUUCAACCACAGAAGGAAUAACGACAUCGACAACAGAAAGUGGGACGACUUCGACUACUGACAGUGGAACAACUUCGACUACAGAAAGUGGAACGACAUCGACAACAGGAAGUGGAACGACUUCAACCACAGAAGGAAUAACGACAUCGACAACGGAAAGUGGGACGACUUCGACUACUGACAGUGGUACAACUUCGACUACAGAAAGUGGAACGACAUCGACAACAGGAAGUGGUACGACUUCAACCACAGAAGGAAUAACGACAUCGACAACGGAAAGUGGGACGACUUCAACCACAGAAGGAAUAACGACAUCGACAACAGAAAGUGGGACGACUUCGACUACUGACAGUGGAACAACUUCGACUACAGAAAGUGGAACGACAUCGACAACAGGAAGUGGUACGACUUCAACCCCAGAAGGAAUAACGACAUCGACAACGGAAAGUGGGACGACUUCGACUACUGACAGUGGAACAACUUCGACUACGGAAAGUGGAACGACAUCGACAACAGGAAGUGGAACGACUUUAACCACAGAAGGAAUAACGACAUCGACAACGGAAAGUGGGACGACUUCGACUACUGACAGUGGUACAACUUCGACUACAGAAAGUGGAACGACAUCGACAACAGGAAGUGGAACGACUUCAACCACAGAAGGAAUAACGACAUCGACAACGGAAAGUGGGACGACUUCGACUACUGACAGUGGUACAACUUCGACUACAGAAAGUGGAACGACAUCGACAACAGGAAGUGGUACGACUUCAACCACAGAAGGAAUAACGACAUCGACAACGGAAAGUGGGACGACUUCAACCACAGAAGGAAUAACGACAUCGACAACAGAAAGUGGGACGACUUCGACUACUGACAGUGGAACAACUUCGACUACAGAAAGUGGAACGACAUCGACAACAGGAAGUGGUACGACUUCAACCCCAGAAGGAAUAACGACAUCGACAACGGAAAGUGGGACGACUUCGACUACUGACAGUGGAACAACUUCGACUACGGAAAGUGGAACGACAUCGACAACAGGAAGUGGAACGACUUUAACCACAGAAGGAAUAACGACAUCGACAACGGAAAGUGGGACGACUUCGACUACUGACAGUGGUACAACUUCGACUACAGAAAGUGGAACGACAUCGACAACAGGAAGUGGAACGACUUCAACCACAGAAGGAAUAACGACAUCGACAACGGAAAGUGGGACGACUUCGACUACUGACAGUGGUACAACUUCGACUACAGAAAGUGGAACGACAUCGACAACAGGAAGUGGUACGACUUCAACCACAGAAGGAAUAACGACAUCGACAACGGAAAGUGGGACGACUUCAACCACAGAAGGAAUAACGACAUCGACAACAGAAAGUGGGACGACUUCGACUACUGACAGUGGAACAACUUCGACUACAGAAAGUGGAACGACAUCGACAACAGGAAGUGGAACGACUUCAACCACAGAAGGAAUAACGACAUCGACAACGGAAAGUGGGACGACUUCAACCACAGAAGGAAUAACGACAUCGACAACAGAAAGUGGGACGACUUCGACUACUGACAGUGGAACAACUUCGACUACAGAAAGUGGAACGACAUCGACAACAGGAAGUGGAACGACUUCAACCACAGAAGGAAUAACGACAUCGACAACGGAAAGUGGGACGACUUCGACUACUGACAGUGGUACAACUUCGACUACAGAAAGUGGAACGACAUCGACAACAGGAAGUGGUACGACUUCAACCACAGAAGGAAUAACGACAUCGACAACGGAAAGUGGGACGACUUCAACCACAGAAGGAAUAACGACAUCGACAACAGAAAGUGGGACGACUUCGACUACUGACAGUGGAACAACUUCGACUACAGAAAGUGGAACGACAUCGACAACAGGAAGUGGUACGACUUCAACCCCAGAAGGAAUAACGACAUCGACAACGGAAAGUGGGACGACUUCGACUACUGACAGUGGAACAACUUCGACUACGGAAAGUGGAACGACAUCGACAACAGGAAGUGGAACGACUUUAACCACAGAAGGAAUAACGACAUCGACAACGGAAAGUGGGACGACUUCAACCACAGAAGGAAUAACGACAUCGACAACAGAAAGUGGGACGACUUCGACUACUGACAGUGGAACAACUUCGACUACAGAAAGUGGAACGACAUCGACAACGGAAAGUGGGACGACUUCAACCACAGAAGGAAUAACGACAUCGACAACAGAAAGUGGGACGACUUCGACUACUGACAGUGGAACAACUUCGACUACAGAAAGUGGAACGACAUCGACAACAGGAAGUGGAACGACUUCAACCACAGAAGGAAUAACGACAUCGACAACGGAAAGUGGGACGACUUCGACUACUGACAGUGGUACAACUUCGACUACAGAAAGUGGAACGACAUCGACAACAGGAAGUGGUACGACUUCAACCACAGAAGGAAUAACGACAUCGACAACGGAAAGUGGGACGACUUCAACCACAGAAGGAAUAACGACAUCGACAACAGAAAGUGGGACGACUUCGACUACUGACAGUGGAACAACUUCGACUACAGAAAGUGGAACGACAUCGACAACAGGAAGUGGUACGACUUCAACCCCAGAAGGAAUAACGACAUCGACAACGGAAAGUGGGACGACUUCGACUACUGACAGUGGUACAACUUCGACUACAGAAAGUGGAACGACAUCGACAACAGGAAGUGGAACGACUUCAACCACAGAAGGAAUAACGACAUCGACAACGGAAAGUGGGACGACUUCGACUACUGACAGUGGUACAACUUCGACUACAGAAAGUGGAACGACAUCGACAACAGGAAGUGGUACGACUUCAACCACAGAAGGAAUAACGACAUCGACAACGGAAAGUGGGACGACUUCAACCACAGAAGGAAUAACGACAUCGACAACAGAAAGUGGGACGACUUCGACUACUGACAGUGGAACAACUUCGACUACAGAAAGUGGAACGACAUCGACAACAGGAAGUGGUACGACUUCAACCCCAGAAGGAAUAACGACAUCGACAACGGAAAGUGGGACGACUUCGACUACUGACAGUGGAACAACUUCGACUACGGAAAGUGGAACGACAUCGACAACAGGAAGUGGAACGACUUUAACCACAGAAGGAAUAACGACAUCGACAACGGAAAGUGGGACGACUUCGACUACUGACAGUGGUACAACUUCGACUACAGAAAGUGGAACGACAUCGACAACAGGAAGUGGAACGACUUCAACCACAGAAGGAAUAACGACAUCGACAACGGAAAGUGGGACGACUUCGACUACUGACAGUGGUACAACUUCGACUACAGAAAGUGGAACGACAUCGACAACAGGAAGUGGUACGACUUCAACCACAGAAGGAAUAACGACAUCGACAACGGAAAGUGGGACGACUUCAACCACAGAAGGAAUAACGACAUCGACAACAGAAAGUGGGACGACUUCGACUACUGACAGUGGAACAACUUCGACUACAGAAAGUGGAACGACAUCGACAACAGGAAGUGGAACGACUUCAACCACAGAAGGAAUAACGACAUCGACAACGGAAAGUGGGACGACUUCGACUACUGACAGUGGUACAACUUCGACUACAGAAAGUGGAACGACAUCGACAACAGGAAGUGGUACGACUUCAACCCCAGAAGGAAUAACGACAUCGACAACGGAAAGUGGGACGACUUCGACUACUGACAGUGGAACAACUUCGACUACGGAAAGUGGAACGACAUCGACAACAGGAAGUGGAACGACUUCAACCACAGAAGGAAUAACGACAUCGACAACGGAAAGUGGGACGACUUCGACUACUGACAGUGGUACAACUUCGACUACAGAAAGUGGAACGACAUCGACAACAGGAAGUGGUACGACUUCAACCACAGAAGGAAUAACGACAUCGACAACGGAAAGUGGGACGACUUCGACUACUGACAGUGGAACAACUUCGACUACAGAAAGUGGAAUGACAUCGACAACAGGAAGUGGAACGACUUCAACCACAGAAGGAAUAACGACAUCGACAACGGAAAGUGGGACGACUUCGACUACUGACAGUGGUACAACUUCGACUACAGAAAGUGGAACGACAUCAACAACAGGAAGUGGUACGACUUCAACCACAGAAGGAAUAACGACAUCGACAACGGAAAGUGGGACGACUUCGACUACUGACAGUGGUACAACUUCGACUACAGAAAGUGGAACGACAUCGACAACAGGAAGUGGUACGAUUUCAACCACAGAAGGAAUAACGUCAUCGACAACGGAAAGUGGGACGACUUCAACCACAGAAGGAAUAACGACAUCGACAACGGAAAGUGGGACGACUUCGACUACUGACAGUGGUACAACUUCGACUACAGAAAGUGGAACGACAUCAACAACAGGAAGUGGUACGACUUCAACCACAGAAGGAAUAACGACAUCGACAACGGAAAGUGGGACGACUUCGACUACUGACAGUGGAACAACUUCGACUACAGAAAGUGGAACGACAUCGACAACAGGAAGUGGUACGAUUUCAACCACAGAAGGAAUAACGACAUCGACAACGGAAAGUGGGACGACUUCAACCACAGAAGGAAUAACGACAUCGACAACGGAAAGUGGGACGACUUCGACUACUGACAGUGGUACAACUUCGACUACAGAAAGUGGAACGACAUCGACAACAGGAAGUGGUACGAUUUCAACCACAGAAGGAAUAACGUCAUCGACAACGGAAAGUGGGACGACUUCAACCACAGAAGGAAUAACGACAUCGACAACGGAAAGUGGGACGACUUCGACUACUGACAGUGGUACAACUUCGACUACAGAAAGUGGAACGACAUCGACAACAGGAAGUGGUACGACUUCAACCACAGAAGGAAUAACGACAUCGACAACGGAGAGUGGGACGACUUCGACUACUGACAGUGGUACAACUUCGACUACAGAAAGUGGAACGACAUCGACAACAGGAAGUGGUUCGACUUCAACCACAGAAGGAAUAACGACAUCGACAACGGAAAGUGGGACGACUUCGACUACUGACAGUGGAACAACUUCGACUACAGAAAGUGGAACGACAUCGACAACAGGAAGUGGUACGACUUCAACCACAGAAGGAAUAACGACAUCGACAACGGAGAGUGGGACGACUUCGUCUACUGACAGUGGUACAACUUCGACUACAGAAAGUGGAACGACAUCGACAACAGGAAGUGGUUCGACUUCAACCACAGAAGGAAUAACGACAUCGACAACGGAAAAAGGUGCGACAACAUCAACCACAGAAGGAUUAACGACAUCAACGACAGAAGGGAUAACGUCAUCGACAACAGAAGGUGCGACGACUUCUACCACAGAGGGAUUAACGACAUCAACGACAGAAGGAAUAACCUCAUCGACAACAGAAGAUGCGACGACGUCAACCACAGAGACAGAAGGAAUCACCUCAUCGACAACAGAAGGUGCGACGACUUCAACCACAGAGGUAUUAACGACAUCAACAACAGAAGGAAUGACCUCAUCGACAACAGAAGGUGCGACGACUUCAACCACAGAGGGACUAACGACAUCAACAACAGAAGGAAUAACCUCAUCGACAACAGAAGGUGCGACGACUUCAACUACAGAGGGACUAACGACAUCAACAACAGAAGGAAUGACCUCAUCGACAACAGAAGGUGCGACGACUUCAACCACAGAGGGACUAACGACAUCAACAACAGAAGGAAUAACCUCAUCGACAACAGAAGGUGCGACAACAUCAACCACAGAAGGAUUAACGACAUCAACGACAGAAGGGAUAACGUCAUCGACAACAGAAGGUGCGACGACUUCUACCACAGAGGGAUUAACGACAUCAACAACAGAAGGAAUAACGUAUUAA